UCGAUUCCCGCUACGUGUAUGAGCUUCGGGAGCUCAACAGUUCAGCCACUCUGCAGAGACCGAGAUGGCAAAGUAUUUACUGUGUCAAGCAAUACUGAGCCGAUCCCUGGACCUUCCGGGCUGCAAGACCCGAGGAUAAAUCAGAAACAUUCCAUCUCCAAGACGCAUAAAUCUUCGCCUGGAUUCAAUAACCGCUCAAGACUUAACGCUGCAAAACAGAUCGAGGACGGGGUUGAACCCUACGAAGAAGCAGGUGUCAGCGAAACAGAUCCAGGGAGCAAUUGGGUGAGGCGGCAAUUCAACCGUUUGACACGAAAUAUACGAUGCCGUAUCAGUGGGGAACCCAACGCUAUCAAGCAACCCGAUUUAUUCCUCAACAAAUUCUCAGCGCAGACCUUCACAGAUCCCGAGGAGCCAUUAUACCAAGCUCAAAGUUCCAAAUUAUUUUGUGGUUUAAAAUUAGCCUUUGAUCCAACUCAAUCUUACCAUUAUCACUGGCUGGCUAUGGUCUCGUUGGCAAUUCUCUACAAUGUGGUAUUCGUCAUUGGUAGAGCCGUGUUUUGGGAAUUGGAUAAUCUGACAUUCGUCUGGUUUAUACUCGACUACCUGUGCGACGCAAUCUACGUUUUUGAUACCAUAAUUCAUAUGCAUGAAGGAUACCUUGAACAAGGUCUCAUGGUUAAAGAUCCAAAAAUGCUCAGACGAUAUUAUCUCAAAUCGGACGCCUGGAAAUAUGAUUUCGUGUCCCUGCUGCCCACUGAUUUCGCGUACUUCUGGUGGAGACCAGGAUCUUGCGAUUACAAACGUUUGCCGUGCCCUGUUAUUUUGCGACUCAAUCGACUAUUUCGCCUACCUCGAAUGUGGGAGUGGUUCGACCGUACUGAGACUGCCACUAGCUAUCCGAACGCCUUCAGGAUUUGCAAGGUCGUAAUGGCGAUCCUCGUAUUGAUUCAUUGGAAUGCGUGUAUGUACUUCGCUAUAAGUUACGCUAUAGGAUUUGGGACAGAUAAUUGGGUGUACAACUUAACCGGCUCACGAAAUGAAUCACUUGCUCAUCAAUAUAUUUAUAGCUUUUAUUGGUCUACCUUGACUCUUACUACUAUUGGUGAAACACCGCAACCGGAAAUCGACGCCGAAUAUUUAUUUGUAGUGGCAGAUUUUCUGGCAGGUGUCUUAAUUUUUGCCACAAUAGUAGGAAACAUCGGAUCAAUGAUUUCGAACAUGAAUGUGGCUAGAGUAGAGUUUCAAAACAAAAUGGACGGAGUUAAACAGUACAUGGCAUUUAGAAAAGUAAGCGGCGAACUUGAGGCGCGUGUUAUAAGAUGGUUUGCUUACACUUGGGCUCAGAGCGGAGCUCUCGAUGAAGAAAAUGUUCUCUCUUCGCUACCCGAUAAAUUAAAAGCGGAAAUAGCCAUUCGAGUACAUCUGGAUACAUUGAGAAAGGUGAGGAUAUUUCAAGAUUGCGAACCAGGACUCCUGGAAGCUUUAGUAUUGAAAUUAAAACUACAAGUAUUCAGUCCAGGUGAUUACAUAUGUAGAAAAGGAGACGUCGGAAAAGAAAUGUACAUAGUUAAACGAGGCAGGCUACAAGUAGUUGCGGAUGACGGAAAAACUGUAUUAGCUACUCUCAGCGCAGGAUCAGUUUUUGGCGAAGUAAGUGUUCUAGAAAUCGCUGGUAAUCGCACAGGCAACCGACGAACGGCCAACGUCCGUGCUCUAGGAUACUCUGAUCUCUUCUGCUUGGCUAAGAGGGACCUAUGGGAAGCUCUCGCUGACUAUCCGGAUGCAAGGAAUACGCUCACAGAACGUGGAUGUCAGCUUCUACGUAAGGACGGCUUAUUAGACGAGGCGGUGUUUCAAAACGCACACAGUACCCAACAGACAUUGGAAGAAACCGUAGUUAAAUUGGAAACAACUGUAGAAAUGCUCAACAAUCGCUUGGAAGGUUUAAUUUCACGUGUUGGUGAAGAACAGGAAAAGUUAAAGCAGAGAAUGAAUAAAAUUGAAACAAGAGUUUUGGAUGAAACGGACGAAGACGACACCGAUUCUGAAGAUGUCACUUCUUUACAAGCAUCGGAGUUGAGGAGCGACGUUGUACGAGGAUGCGAUAUUUCAGUAUACGGCGACUUACCAGCAAGCUCAACCCAGGAUACAUCAUUGAUGCUCCUUAGCAACCCCAUAAUGCCAGCGCGAGAGCGUGGGUACUCGUUCAGUGCAGAAAGGACACCAGGGUUGCUACGCCUCACUACGGAACCACGUAGUAAAUCGCUACGCAUAAAAAGACACAAUAAAGACGUCUAGACGGAGCUAAAAAUUCGAACAAAGUAAGUAAAUUGGAAGGAGGGAAGCCAAUACCUUUCCUUUGAAGGUGAUUUCUUAUUUUUAUAAAAUGUAAUUACUGAAAUUAUUUUUGAUACCUCGAGGAUUAUACUUACAAAAUAUUCAGUAUUCGCACAUUGGCACACUCGCAAAUUAACCAUGAUUUCCUGC